UUAUCAAUAUAUCAGUUUACGUGCCGUCACACAGGGUCCCAGUAGUGUGGUGCCUGAUGCUAAACGGUGAUGCUACAUGAAGUGCUGGAUGCUAAAUAGGUUUUUGUGUACUAACUAGGUGACAUCUGGGACUUUGAACAGGAUGAAACACUCUUCAUGGCUAGCUGGAGAGGCACUGUGUUCUGUUGUGAUGAAGAAUUAUUCAAAUGUAGAUCUCAGUUUUCUUUACCUACUUGGUCUGAACUCAGUGAGUCUAGAUUGUACAUUCAUAGAAAGGGUUUUUAACUACUCUGUAAAGUUUGACCUAAAAUACACUAUUAUAUUACUUUGACUAUAACCUGGUAAUUAUAUAAAUGUAAGUAUUUGAUUUACAUAGGGUUAAUUUCUAACUGGUUAAAAAAAAUAUUUUGAGAGAACUUAGGGUUUUUUCAUGUAACAUCUUCACUCAACUCUCAAACAAUAGGGGCGGCAGGGUAGCCUAGUGGUUAGAGCGUUGGACUAGUAAUCGGAAGGUUGCAAGUUCAAACCCCCAAGCUGACAAGUUACAAAUCUGUCGUUCUGCCCCUGAACAGGUAGUUAGCCUGUCAUUGAAAAUAAGAAUUUGUUCUUCACUGACUUGCCUAGUAAAAUACAAAAGCUGUAAUGUAACACUGACUAGACAUGGGCCUGAUUGAAUUAUUUCAUGUUGAAAUGUCUCAUUGUUUUCUAACCGCUAGUCUGAGUCUUUAAAUUAAAACCAGAAGGGAGAAUGCAGGGCAGAGGAAACCACACUGAAGAAAAGGGGCGCAUUGUCAAAACAAUAUAAAGCCCUGCCUGGCUCUCUCUCUGUGUGUGUGUGUAAUAUGGGCUUGUAGCCCACACACUCCUAUUAGCACAAAGCCUUUGCUGAUUAUUACUUCCAGAAAUGACAGAGAAGAGAGGAGACGCUUCAUAUUGUUUGACUGUAACCAGUCGUGGCAUCUUCCCAUCUGUGCCCCCAUGGCAAAACCUGUUUGAAGUCUGAAGGAGGUUGUUUUACUUCCCCUAGCAGUUGGAGAGGAUGGGAGAGGACCCACUGUGAUGUGUAACUUUUGACUGACACAUUCUGGUUUUGGCUCCAUUCCUGAGGAGAUGUUCCUGGAUUCGGACAAAACUCUCACCACCAACAGUACAUGGGGAACCCCUACACUAUAUGUCCAUCUCCUGAGACAAAGCGUGGAAUGUGUUUUAUAAUGGGCGCCCCAAUCGUACAUGUGUUGGUGCUAAUGGCCGUCAUGGCCGCCCUGCCUGGCCCUGGAAUGUGUCAGAUAAACAGCACCACAGACGAGGGGGAGAAGGACUCCCUACCCCCAGACCAGGGCCUGGUCCUCCUCAACACCCACAUCACCCUCCAACCCCUGGGCUUCCACAGCACCAGCAGCCCCUUCCUGGAGCAUGGGAGCCCCAUCUCCACCAGGGGCCACCAGGGGCCGCAAUGGCACAGGGUCGGAGCUGGAUCUGGGGCCACAAACAUCACCAGGAUAAGGGCCCCUCCAUCAUGCACCAUCGCCACUUCCAUUCAAAGCUAUUUCAAAUACAUCAACACAGUGAUUUCUAUCAUAGUGUUUGUGGUGGGCAUAGUGUGCAAUUCCACCCUGUUGAGAAUUAUCUACCAGAAUAAGUGCAUGAGGAACGGGCCCAAUGCCCUCAUCGCCAGCCUGGCGCUGGGAGACCUCAUCUACAUCACCAUAGAUAUACCCAUCAACGUCUACAAGCUCCUUGCCACCAGGUUCCCCUUCGAUGACAGUUACUUUGGGCUGUGUCUGUGUAAGCUGGUGCCAUUCAUACAGAAGGCCUCUGUGGGCAUCACCGUCCUCAACCUCUGUGCCCUAAGCGUCGACAGGUCAGUCCCAUGUACCACUGCUGAAUUCCAAAUCAACCAAUGGUGGAAGAUUUCAGUUCUGUGAAUCUUUAUAUGCAGGUUACGGUAAACUCCAAAUGAAAAUCUGUCUAAUCAUAUUUUUUUUCUGUGAAAUGUAGUCUACUUUACAAUAUUUAUGUAUCAAAGAAAAAACUCCUCUUUAAAAAAUGUUGACCCUCAACCUUUGCCAGUAACUCACCAACACCGGGAUUAAUCAAACCAAAAGUGUUUGUUGAACAGUAAAGCCUACUCUAUGUAUGGGAGUGGCUGAGACAAAUUGGCCAGGAAAGAUGAAUGACUUCCCUAAUUUGAUUUAAAGGAAACCACAGGUUGGGAGUUAGUUUAACUCCUUAGUGGGGGUAGUAGGGUAAAGGCAGUUUAUUCCGGAAGUUUGUAACGUCAGUAAUAAUGGAGCUCUCCCAUUACCAACAUAGUUACUCUCCCUCCUAGUUUUCUAUUGGCUGCAUCUGAUAAGGACUAGGCCAUCCGGAGCCAUAUCCACAACGCCUCUCAGAGUAGGAGUACUGAUCUCGAAUCGGCCCAUAUAAUCUUUUUCACCAUAAUCCACAAGUAAAAUCGGAUGCUAGAUCAGCACUCCUACUCUGAGACGAUUUGUGGUCUUAGACGUUUCUCUCCCUGAGGAGGGGUAGCUUUGCCAUCAAGGAGCAGAAGUAGUUUUAUUCUCAAAUCUAAACAUGUUUAUUCUCACAUUUUUAACUCGGAUUGUUUUGUGUCUGUUGCUACACGACUAGACUUGUAUUCCCGUCUCUCCCUUCAGUUCUUGUAACACUUAACACAGUCGGUCCUGUUUAUCAGCAGAGUGAAAGUGAGGGGCUGACGUCCGGCUUCAUUGGUCUGUGAGUUAGCAGACAUAAGAGAUAAGAGCAUAAGGAGGCCUGUUCUGGAUCUAAAGGGAUGGAAGCCAGUUUAACAUACCAGCUAUGCUGAAUGACUCCCAUCAUAGAGAGAGAGAGAGAGAGAGAGAGAGAGAGAGAGAGAGAGAGAGAGAGAGAGAGAGAGAGAUAGAGAUAGAGAGAGAGAGAGAGAGAGAGACGCUAGUGGUAGAGCCGAGUUCAAUAGCAGAUGGUCUCCAUUUUGUUCUCAGAAAACGUGCAGCAUAUCUCGCCUGGUUUGCACGCGUUGUGUCUCGUUCCUCUCUGUUUGAGAGAGAGAGAGAGGGAGAGAAUGUGGAUGCAUUACCAGCUGGGUAAAAUAUAAAUGACACUAUGUUGUUUGACAAGGGUAUUCAAGUGCAUCAUGAAAAAUAUAUUGUUCAGGUCAUAAAAUCUUGAUGCACCGUUUUACUAAAACAUUUAGACAAGCGGUUCCUAUUAAUGAAACAAACAAGCAAACAUGAUUUGGAACACAGGAAACAAGCGUCAACAAACAGACCAUAGCUCCUGCCAACGCUUGUUUGGAGGCUUCACAAAAGAAUGAAUAUUAGAUUCUGAGGAUAAACAAUUGAUUAUUAUUUGUUGUUCAUUAAAUCUUAACUUGGAUCAUUUUUCUCUAUGCGGUACAGUGUGUGUCUGGUCUACUGCCAUGCAGUCAGUUCAUAGAGCAUAUCCUACAAUGUACAGCUGAGUUGACCCAACAUAAUGGGUACUGUAAUAAGAUGAACCCUUUGGCCCUACACCCAAACAAGGGCACUGCGUUCAUCCACCUCUGGCCUGCUCGCCUCCCUACCACUGAGGAAGUACAGUUCCCGCGCAGCCCAGUCAAAACUGUUCGCUGCUCUGGCCCCCCAAUGGUGGAACAAACUCCCUCACGACGCCAGGACAGCGGAGUCAAUCACCACCUUCCGGAGACACCUGAAACCCCACCUCUUUCAGGA